AAAAACAGUAAAAUCAAUCAGUGAGCUCCAAUAGAAAAUAUCUUUUUCUAAGUGAGAAAAUUAAAUUGCUAAACUAAAGCAUUAACUAAAGCAUUGUCUGAUGCUUCAAUUCUGCUAGAGCCUUCUAUGCCCCCAUGUCUACAAGUAAACAAAGCACUUACAAAAACCAAGUCUACAAAUAAUCUCGAACAAGAAAAAGAAAAUUAAAAAAUAAAAAAUAAAAGCCUGUCCCUCAAUAAUAUACCAGAAAUACGUCAGACAAAGAGGAAACUAGUAUCAAUAAAAAUCCAUAAAAUAAAAAUUCAUACCAGCUCUUGUGUAUAAAUCGAAAUUUAUAACUGUCUUGUAUAGAAUUCUGAGGAAACUAGCAUCAAGCUACCGCUUAGAAGAUGGAAUGCUGAAAAGCAUACAAAUAAGACGAAAAAAAUUAGAGAAGCAGAGAAUAUAUUGCUUAAAUUGACAUUAAAAAGGUGAGAAACCUCGGACCUGACCAAAUUCCAAUCCCUUCACAUCUCAUCGACGGUUGCCACUAUAAUUUGGUUCUUGUUCUCCAUGAGAUUCCAAUCGAUUUUCUUACAUACUGUUUGGAUUGGAGGUGUAGGACAGAAAGGGAGGAGAAGGGAUGAGGAAGAUAAUAAUGGAGGGGGAGUGAGGGGAGGUUGUCUCCUUCUUCCUGUUCGGAUUUUCAAAGAUGCAGAAGGGGAGGGAGAUCGACGGAUUUGGAAUGCCCUUUCAACCACCCCCAAAUCUGUCGAUUUGCAAUCUCCUGACAAGAGGAGAAGGGCUCGUCACGUUGUGGGGUUAGGGAUUUGUUAUAAUUCGUGGGUUUUAGUUGUAAAGGGUGACAGAAUGAUGAGCAAAAUAGGAAGAUGAUAAUUUCAUUAAAGAUGCGGAGAAGCUCACCGAAAAGCAUGAAUGAAUUCUUGGCUUCUAC